AUGGCAUUCUCCACCCGCAGCAUCCAGUGGAGUUCGAGCAGCCGUGCCCAGCCCUCUGCACCCAGCAUCAGCAGUCUGACCUCCAGGAAAAUGUCCAUGCAGAGGAUCCAGGCACCCAGUGUCUACGGGGGAGCUGGGGGCUAUGGCACCCGUAUAUCGACCAGCACCAGCUCUGGCCAAGGCCUCGGAGGGAGCCUCCAGCUCAGCAUCACUGGGAGCGAUGUGCUGCUCGCUGGCAACGAAAAAUCAACUAUGCAGAACCUGAACGAUCGCCUGGCUGCGUACCUGGAGAGGGUGCGCUCGCUGGAGAAGUCAAACUCCCUGAUUGAGAAGCAGAUCAGGGAAUGGUAUGAAAAGAACACCGUAAGUGUAGGGCAGGACUACAGCUCCUACUUCAAAAUAAUUGAAGAACUGCGAAAUAAGAUUGCAGAAGCCCAGAUGGAAAAUUCCAGGCUUGUCCUGCAGAUUGACAAUGCCAAGCUGGCUGCUGACGACUUUAGGCUAAAGUUUGAGAAUGAACAUCUGCUCAGGCAGAGUGUGGAGAGCGACAUCACCGGACUGCUCCGUGUCCGUGACGACCUGACUCUGACAAAAGCUGAUCUGGAGUCCCAGAUUGAGAGUAUCACCGAGGAGCUCGUUUUCCUUAGGAAGAACCACGAGGAGGAGCGGGACAGGCUGCGCAAAGAGGCAGGCGGCUCCGUGAACGUGGCCGUGGAUGCCGCACCCGGCAAUGAUCUCGCGGCUAUUAUGGAAAAAAUGAGAAAGCAAUAUGAAGAAAUGGCAGAAAAGUACCGCCAAGAAGCCAAAGAACAUUAUGAACAGCAGACAGCAGAGCUGCACCAGGAAGUUGUCCUCUGUGUUGAGCAGCUGGAGGGCCAAAGGAAAGAGAUCACGGAACGAAGACAGGUCUUCCAGAGCCUGGAGCUGGAAUUACAGUCCCUGCUGACCAUGAAACGGACCCUGGAAGGCACUGUGGCUGAAACAGAAGCACGGUACAGUCUCCAGCUUGACCAGAUACAGCAAGCAAUUUCCAGUCUGGAAGCUCAGCUGAGGCAGCUCCGAGCUGACAUGGAGGCUCAGAAUAACCAGUACAGCAUCCUGAUGGAUGUCAAGACUCGCUUGGAGAUGGAGAUCGCCACAUACCGCCGGCUGCUGGAGGGAGAGGAAAGCGGGGAUUUAGAACUGACAGCGUCGAUAGCAGAGACUGAAAAAGAAUCAAGUAAAUUUAAGAAGAUCAAGACAAUAGUUGAGGAGGUGGUUGAUGGCAAGAUUGUCUCAUCUGAGGUCAGAGAGUUUGAAGAGAAGAUGUAA